ACUGUUUUGUCUAAAAGGUUUGUGCCAAAUCAUGUCAACUUUCCUUUUGAAAAGCUUGGGAUCAGUCAACAGAGGAGUAUUGGCUACUAAUUCUAAAUGUGGUCUUGGAGUUCAAUGUUUAUCAACUACUGGAGUGCUGAAUAGUCCUCGUAAAACAGUACCCGAUCGAACUGGCAAGAACAUAGUGUUUGUUGAUGGUGUCCGCACACCAUUCUUACUAUCAGGCACCGAUUAUGCGAACUUAAUGCCACAUGAAUUAGCAAGGCAUUCAUUGCUUGGAUUGUUGAAGAAAACAGGAGUUCCAAAGGAAGUUGUGGAUUACAUUGUUUAUGGGACAGUAAUUCAAGAGGUGAAGACUAGUAACAUUGCCAGAGAGGCUGCUCUCUGUGCUGGGUUUUCUGACAGGACACCAGCUCACACUGUUACUAUGGCUUGCAUUUCAAGCAAUCAAGGCAUCACCACAGGUGUUGGUCUAAUUGCUGCUGGAGUGUAUGAUGUGAUUGUUGCUGGUGGCGUGGAAUUCAUGUCAGACAUUCCUAUCCGCCACUCUCGCAAAAUGAGAUCUCUGUUGUUAAGAGCAAAUAAAGCAAAAACACCUCUGCAGAAACUUCAACUUCUUGGGAGUAUUAGGCCGGACUACUUGGUACCUGAACUGCCGGCAGUAGCAGAGUUCUCGUCAGGAGAGACAAUGGGCCACUCUGCAGACAGGUUGGCUGCAGCAUUCAAGGUGACAAGGCAGGAGCAGGACGAGUACGCCCUCCGCUCUCACACACUUGCCCAGCAAGCUAGUGACCAGGGCUACUUCACCGACUUGCUGCCAUACAAAGUACCAAAUUCGGACAAAGUUGUGACAAAAGACAACGGGAUCCGAGUGUCAACGCCAGAGCAGUUGGCCAAAUUGAAGCCUGCAUUCAUUAAACCUCAUGGCACAGUAACAGCAGCAAAUGCCUCCUUCCUGACUGAUGGUGCAUCUGCUUGCUUGAUUACAACGGAGGCAAAAGCUAAAGAACUGGGCCUGACUCCUAAAGCUUACUUAAAAGAUUUCAUCUAUGUUUCUCAAGAUCCUAAAGAUCAGCUUCUUUUAGGCCCUGCAUAUGCAACACCUAAAGUGCUGGCCAAGUCUGGAUUAGAUCUGAAGGAUAUUGAUGUUUGGGAAUUCCAUGAAGCAUUUGCAGGGCAGAUAUUGGCUAACCUGAGAGCCAUGGACUCUGACUGGUUUGCACAAAAGUAUAUGGGACUGAACGCGAAGGUGGGUGUUCCUGAUCUGAAGAAGUUCAAUGCCUGGGGAGGUUCAUUGAGCAUUGGGCACCCGUUUGCUGCUACUGGAGUGCGGCUGACUGUCCAUGCAGCCAACAGGCUGAUACGAGAGGAUGGGCAGUUUGCCCUCAUUGCAGCUUGUGCUGCCGGAGGACAGGGUGUAGGCAUGCUUGUUGAACGUCAUCCAGAUGGAAAGGCUACAUAAGUGAAGAACUGAACUAUUUAAUACACUUGUAAUGCCUAAAUACAUAUUUUUGUACUUUUAUGCCUUUGUACUACACUACUUCUGAUUGUUUAUACUUUAUCCUGUGAAUUUAUUAUGUAUCCAUAAAAAUAAUAUUAUAUUGCUGUUUUUAUGUUA